UCAUCUGUACUCCGGUGUGCAUGUUUUUAUAAGAUGGGAGAUGAUUGGUCCAGAAUAGGUAGGCAGCCACGACAAGACGACGAAAGAACACCAAAGAUAGAACGAGAGGGUGUCACAACCGAGCGUCAUGGACCCCAACUCAUCCAUCCCAUCUAUCUGUCAACAUCGAAAUCCUGUGUUCACAUAACCACAAUCCCAGCUCUCUUCGGAACAACCUAUGAAACCUCUGACAUCAAUUCCUACAUGCUACGCUAGUAUCAUCACCAGCAUCCACGAGAAAGCGUAGAGUGAAGUCUACAUAUACUUGAGGCUUCAGCGCCGCUUAUCUCACUCCGCUUUGCGGGUUUGCGAAGAAUCCGAGCAAGCAAGUAUGAAGAAGCUCCUCACGUCUCUGCUCCAUAUCAUCAUCAUCCUCGGUAUCUGGACAGGUUGGCUUGGUUUGGGCUGCGAGGCGCUCGUUACGCUACACACGAUUCGGAAUCUAACUAACGCGACGGAUGGGUAUCGUGGGAGGAUAGAGGAUUUGGGGAGUGUGAGUGUGGAUUUUGGUGGAACAUGGGAUGGGCAGCAGCAGGUUGUUCUGGAGAUGGGAGGAGGGGGUGGGAUGGAGGGAGGGAGAGGGGGUGGUGGGGUUGAUGAGGGGGAGGUUGAAGAUACAGUAGCAGCAGCACUCAGAUUGCUCUGUACAGACAUAUUGAUAGAGUUGGAGAAGCCACUCGUCGUCAUACCUCCUCCAGCUCUAUACAACUCACCGAGAGGAGUAGAUUGCGACCAAGUCAAAUCGGAAUACCACGACUUCCUGGCCGCCACGGUACGAUUCUUGCAUGUUGUCCAGGAGAGGCAGAUGGUCUGGCGAUGGGGAGCGGACAGUGCCGUGUUCGACGGUGUGGGUUGGUUGCAGGGUCUCUGGGCUAGUAGGAGUACAAACUCCCAGAAUCGCAGUUUCAUCGAGCAGCAGAUGAGUAUGUAUGCUGAGACAGAGUGUUUUGGGAAGAGUAAUGAGGUGUUGAGGAGGGAUGUGGAGGUUGUGGAAUACCUAAAUGAUUUGCUUGAUCUGUUUGCAUGA